GACACGCCGGGGUGGGGUCGGUGCGCCACAGAGAGUUUAUGUUAGUGGGUUUCCUCCUCCUUGUCCUUCUCUCCUUUUUGCUUCCCUCUCUGCAGGCCGAUCUCAGAGCUUCACCUGACGGCUACAGCUCAGCGAUUUUCUUCUAACUGCUGGAAAAACCUUCAAAGAUCUUCAGAAUGGCCGGCAGAGGAACCGUUAAAGCCAGCGCUAACUUCAACGCCAGUGCAGAUGCAGAGGUUCUGAUGAAAGCCAUGAAAGGACUGGGGACCGACGAGGAUGCCAUCCUGCAGCUGCUGACAGCUCGCAGCAACGGCCAGCGGCAGGAGAUCAAGGCUGCCUACAAGACUCUGUUUGGGAAGGACCUGGUGGACGACCUGAAGGGAGAGCUGGGCGGUAAAUUUGAAACGCUGAUCGUGGCUCUUAUGACCCCGCCUCUUACCUACGAUGUGACGUGCCUUCGAAACGCCAUCAAGGGGGCAGGAACGGAUGAGAAGGUUCUGGUGGAGAUACUUUCCUCCAGAACACCUCAGCAGGUGAAGGACAUUGUUGCUGCUUACAGAAAAGAGUACGAUGACAACUUGGAGGAGGAUGUAUGUGGGGACACGUCUGGUCACUUCAAGAGACUCCUGGUUAUUCUGCUUCAGGCAAGCAGGCAGACGGGAAUCCAGGAGGGUAACAUCGAGACUGACGCUCAGGCUCUGUUUAAAGCAGGAGAGGAGAAGUUUGGAACUGAUGAACAGGCGUUCAUCACCAUCCUGGGAAACAGGAGUGCCCAACACCUGAGGAAAGUGUUCGAUGCCUACAUGAAAAUGACCGGAUAUGAGAUGGAGGAGACUAUUCAGAGGGAAACUUCUGGAAGCUUGAAGGACCUGCUUCUAGCAGUGGUGAAGUGUGCCAGAAGUGUUCCUGCCUAUUUUGCCGAGACCCUUUACUACGCCAUGAAAGGUGCAGGUACAGACGAUAACACCCUAAUUAGAGUGAUGGUGGCCCGCAGUGAAGUCGACAUGUUAGACAUCCGUGCCGAGUUCAGGAAGAGGUUUGUUUGCUCUCUGCAUUCAAUGAUCAAGGGAGAUACCAGCGGUGACUACAGGAAGGCUUUACUGUUGCUCUGCGGUGGAGAUGAUGCAUAACUUCAUCAGCAGUUCUUGACAGGAACCCACCUGAAGUGGCUCCUCAUAUAAAGUUCUGUUGUUUUUGUAUGAGAGAAUAUAUCCAUCAGGUCUUUUAAAUCCAAAUGUUGUCUUUGAAAGGUAGCUAACAUUUUUCCACGUUAUUGCAGCUUUUUCUACUAAUAUGAUUCAUAUAUAAUGCUGAAGGACCAGAUUACAGUCGUAUUCUUUGCACUUUGUUUGUCAGGACCAGUGUAUGCAACAUUAAAUGUUUCACUUAUUGAAAUUUAA